AUGGCGCUCUACCGCACGCCCGCGGAGGUCACGGAGCGCUACACGGAGCCCUGGCCCGCCGACUUGAUUCCGGACAAGGUGCGGGACCUCUCGAGACCGGCGAACUUCGGGAACCGGGGCUAUCCCCGCGCGCCGUACUUCGACGGCGACGGCAAAGAAGAUAGAGUACUACUAGCGUGGGGCGACGGCAGUUGCGGGAGGACGGGCACGGGCGACCUGGAGACGUACACGACGCCUCAUGAAGUGGCGUAUACUCGCAGAAUACAACCUUUCGUCGACUGCGCGGCUUCGAGGAGGCACUCUUUAUUUUGUACGGGCGAAGGCGUGAUCCUGGCUUGUGGGGACGGGGACGAUGGCCAAUUAGGGUCGAAACGACUCCCACCUCGACCAGAGGGUCCCGAGGCGAAACGGGAGCGGCGACGACGGAUCCGACGGAAGCUCUACGGCUCCGACUCGUCUUCCGAUGAUCCGGAUGCGCCACCACCGUUAUUUACGUUCUCCAAAACACCGGAGGAGGCCAAGGAGGAGGCCCUGAAGAAGGCCAGAAAAGAGCAGAAACGCGCGAAGCGACUGAAGAGCGCCGCGAACCUCAUGACCCUCAAGGCCAAGCCCAUGGGCAUGACGACGAAAAAAGACAAACCAAAGUCGCUGGGGGACUGGUUCACGACGGGCAAUCGGCAUCUACUACGAUACCCGCGGCAGACCUUUCCUUCUGGUGCAUUAUCCGCAGCAUUUAAGGACAUCCACACGACGCAGGUCGCGUGCUGUGCUACUGCUUCGUUUGCCCGGGAGACGAACGCCGACGAGGCCCUCGCGACGAAGGUGGCUUUGUCGAGGAUGACGGAACUGGUAAAACGGCGGGAGGCAUCUUACGGUUAUGAUGACUCUACAGCUAGACUCCGGGCUUGUCUAGUGGAGGAGGCGUCCUCCCUAGAACGCCAGGCCCACGGCCGCGUUUUAGCUUGGGGGACUGGUGUAUACGGCGAGCUCGGCCUCGGAUCUACAAGACAACGAGCGAUCCCCACGCAAAUGAAGGCACUGAAUCGUCGAGUGCACGCCAUCGCCUGCGGCCGGGCCCACGUCCUGGCGUUGUGUGCGAAGCCCGCUGCUUUAUUUGUAUGGGGGCGAGGUCGAGAUGGAAGAUUAGGCCACGGCGACUACGAGGAUCGGGACGAGCCGGAGCGGCUAGUGUUCUUCGACGAACGGAAACUCGCGCCUCGCAUCGUCGCGGCGGGCGAUGCGCAUUCCCUGGUCGUCGUCGAUGCGGCACAAGGCGCCACGGCGCCGGGAGGCGUCUACGCGUGGGGCCGCGGCGCGCACGGCCGACUAGGAUUGGGGCGCACCUUGAACAAGAAGACGCCGCAGAAUGUACAAAAGUGGCCCUCGUGCUUCCAGGGGAUGCACGUGAUCGGCGCGGCGUUAGGUGGCGCCCAUUCCCUCGUGCUGGCCGAGAAGGCGAUACCGGCGUCCGGCGCGAAUCCGUGGGGUAGGCAACGACAUGUUUAUGCGUGGGGCUACGGUGGGAACGGGCAGAUUGGUGAUGAAUGCAUGACAGAUCGGGCACUUCCAACAAGAGUCAAGCUCCCGAGAAAUGAGGUGGUGCAACAGGUGGCCUGCGGCAAGGCGCACUCGUUGGCCGUUACCGCUCAUGGCGACCUGUACGCCUGGGGCAAGGGCUGGCGCGGCGAGCUCGGAUUAGGUGAUGAUAGGAACAGAUGUGGUCCCGAGAAGGUUUCUGGAAAGCACCAGUUUUUGAAAGUGGCCGCCGGCGACCGACACACGCUCGCCAUAGCCUUGAAGCACAAGUCCAUCGGGAGGAAGUUGCGGGAGUCGAGGCCCCUGGAAGCGCCGAACGCCCACGUCGGACUCCAAAGGAGCGCGUGCUGCGCUCUGACGAAGCUCAACUACGUCUGCGUGCGUUCGUCGCCGACGUCGCCCUUGCAUCCUCAUCAAUCGUCCCCGAAAGCCUUUGAAAGUACACCGAUAAAGUACUGCAAGACCUGCGACUGUCUCGCGCUGUGCCCCUGGUGCGCGCGCAUGUGCCACGCGGGCCACGAGAUCGUCGAGGUCGACGAGGAAUUAGCUCUGAAGCUGCCGGCGCGGUCGACGGGCGGGCCUCGCAUAGGUGCUUCCGGGAAUGUGGACGCGGAACCGCCUCUCAGUAGUUUGUACCCGCAGCUCUGCGAGUGCGGGUUUCGAGGGACGUGCAAGCGACUACAAGUAUCAACAGAGGAAGCAUACGAUGAAGACAAGGCUAUCAUCCUGCAGAGAUUUGGCCGGUGGAUCGCGCAUCAGCGGAAGCGCGCGGCGUUCCGAGCCUCCGUAGCUUUUUCUAGGAGAUAUGCGGCGACGACCCACGUGUAUUCGAAGAUACGCCAAGCGGUCUGGCGCCGCGCGGACACGUGGCGCGAGGACAAGGUGACGCGCAUGGAGCGGCCGAGGAUGGCUGAAGCUGAUGUGGAGGGCCAUGCGGUCAGAAAGUACCUGAAGUGCCAGAUCAUCCUGCAGGCCUGCGAGAACCAGGUCGUGGCUCUUAGAGCUAUCUCAGCAGCUACAGGUGUGGGUGAUCCAUUACUACCGGAGUCGGACGUGCGGUUACGAAGUCGACGGGCCCUUCGCCAGUGGCACCGGCGGCACUACCGGGACGAGCGUGCGACGUUGGCGGAGACGGCUUUGUUAACGAGAGAACUGCCUGCUGGCGGCGAUUUUCGGGUCGAGCUCGGGCUCGUGCCCGACCCGGACGUGAACCUAUUUGUCUUGUCGGCGCGGCAACGCGCGUUACGGGAGGUCGAUAGGGAGGCGUCCCAAUUCUUACGACGCAGAGCAUCGAUCAGCGGGCCGGAGGCACUUUAUAGUAGAGUGCGGUUUACGCGGAGGGACCAACUCCGGGUCUUGGAUUCGCGAAUGAGUCGUGAUGAUUUGUACCAGAAGCAUUGUUUUGAGGACAAGUCUUUUGUGUAUGUCGAGCCCGAGGAAGAGGAAGUCGUGUCUGCGGUGAACCGGAAACAGCAGCUCCAGCAAGAAGCGGCGGAAGCGGAAAGAGCCGAGAGGCGUGCAAGGAGGCGUAAGUUGGUGGAGGACGAGGAGGAGGAGACACCUCUGAACCUGCAAGAUCUGCUACCUCUCUUCGUGCACGAGAAGCCUGUUCGAUCGUCCACAGAAGCCGCGCAGGACGAAUACGACGGCAUGCAAACGCGCGAGUCGCGGGAAGGCGUCGUCGAGUCGUUGGAGGAUGCGCGGAAGUGGCUCCUGAGCGACGAUUUGCUCGAGUGCGAAGAAUUACGAAGGUACAAGCAGGCCCCUACGACACUACAGGCUGCGUUAGCUACGUCGACCGCGUGUCCGCACCUCUUCCACGCUCCCGAAAUGCCAAAACCACCACUACAUAUCAGGGACCUCAUCACGAGGGACAAGGACGUUCUGGAUCGGCGCGCGUACCUCAAGGAACAGAAGCUGUUGGACUUCGCGAAAUUGAUGGCGCCGCCCAAGCCCGAACUGUUACCAGGUGAACUCACACCGCCGCCGACGCCUCGAUUGGAGCCGCCCCUAUACCGCAUCAAACGGAGCUUGUCGCUGGCCGCGCCGGAACGAGCCGCGUCCACGGUCGAAAUGUGGCGCCGCCACGCGGCUUAUCUAGCGAGUAUGGCCGCCUCCCCGAGAAAGUACCGCAAAAUGAGAGAUACAGUACAUUACGCGAACUUGGAGGCGCCGCCGACCUGGUUCGUUUUGACGAGGCCGCCGGAGUUCGACGCGACGAUCCGACGGUACGAGAUCGAACGGGACGCGCUGGACCCCGACGUCCAGAACUUUGUGGAGCCGGACCGGUUGUCCGACGACCAGUGGAUUGGUGAGAAGGAGCUCAUCGAGAGGAUCGCGGAGGAGGCGAACCGUAAGAACUGGAUCGAGUCCGAGAGUGAAGAGGAGGCCGAGUCCGAAUAUGAGUCGACCGACGACGAGGCAAGGGAGGCUUCCAAGGAGACCGCGGAAGAAAGGAUGGAGCGCAAGGAAGCGGCUAAAGAGGCGCGCAAGGAGGAGAAGAAGAGGUUGCGUGAGGAACGGCGCCUGGCGAAGGCCCGGGCGAAAGACGAAGAAAGGAAGCGGCUGCGGGCGGAGCGCGAGGCGAAAGCCGCUUCUUCUAAGAAGAAAACUCCUGUGAAGAAGAAGGUCACGCUGGACGCGGAGGCCAUGCGGUCGCCGCCCGACGGCCCCGCCUCGCCGCUCACGCCGUCGCCGAAGCGGCGGUCGCCAACGAAGCGCCCGGGAACGAGCGGCUCGCGGCCCGGCACGGCGGGGAGUCGUCCGAAGACGCCGCUCCAAACUCCUAGGUGGGAGGAGCACGAAGACGAUCAAGGGCGCACUUAUUAUUUCUGCGCCGAGACCGGCGAGACGUCCUGGUCCAAGCCGGACAACUGGAAGCUGCAGGAGCAGGAGGACGUCCUCGGGACGCCGGAAUUAUAAUAUUUUGUAUGAUGACUCUUAGGCCGCGCCCUCGCCGUCGUCCAGGUUGUGGCCUCCACGUGUUCAUCUCUCGUAGAUUUUUAUGAUGAUUCUUAGGCCGCGCCCUCGCCAUCAUCUAUGUCCUCGUCGGCCUCGACUCCGGACUCGUCUCUCGCAAAUUUGCGUGGGCGGUUCGGCAGCGUCUCGAGCCACGCGUCGGCCACGUCGACGAACGCGCGCAGCUCCUUGGCGAGGUCUCCGUAGAGCACGAGGAACGUCGUCCAGCGCAGAUGGAACCGUCUUGGUGUGCCGUCCUCAAGGACGACGCGCCUUGGUAGCGACGCGCUCCCCGCGACGGUCUCCUGGACUUCUAGCCGGUCGAGGAGCGUCGUAGUGGUCCCGUACACGAGCGCGCCGAGCCCGUCCGGCACGGCAUCGAAGGGCGGUCGUAGGCACGCGGCGAUGCUCCCAAGCACCCUUCGAGUGUCCUCGCGGAGAUGCAACAGAGCCGACGCGCCGCCGCUCGCGUCGACGCAUUAAUGGGGACACGUGUCCGACAUCGACGAUCAAGGCGAAGCGCCUCCAGUUCGAGGCGCGCAACGUCAAUGAGGACGGUUCCGUUUCUCAACCGGCCGGAGGGCUCAACGUGUCGCAGCCGCCCGGCCGGCCGCCCAAGGGCAAGCGCUGGGACACCGCGACGGGCGCGUGGGUCCAAACCCAGGGCCCAAAACCAAGGGCGGCGCCGGGCGGCGUCCGCGAAGGCGCCGUCGUCGACGCCGCCGCGGAGGCGUUCGGAGAAGAUUUCGCGCGGGGCCGCUCCAAGGUAAAGUUCCGCGGGACCGUGGUGGAGCGCGGCACGACGGACGGCCACGACAGCGGCCGCCCGGCGCUGUCCGAGGAAGAGGUGGGCGGGCCCGUCUGGCGCGUGCGCUACGAUGAUGAUGGGUUAGUCUGGGCCACGCCCGAGCGCUUCCUCACCGUCGUUGAAAAGAGCCCGCUCCGGUCGAAUUCGUGGACGACGUCCGAGGAAAACAAGCUGCGGGGGCUCGUCAAGGAGCUCGGCAACCGGUGAGCGGCCGGCGUCCGAUGUCUACGCCAUCGCCGCGACUCUCUCCCUCUCUCCUCCGACGCGACGUGUUACGACGCAGGUGGACCGAGAUCGCCGACCGCCUGGGCACGGGGCGCACCGCAGGCGCCGUCGACCAGCACUGGAAGCUCAUGGAGGGCCAGGGCGGCGAGAGCGUGACCGUGCCCCGGCGGUUAUGUGACCGCUGGACCGCCGCCGAGGAGCGGCGCCUCAGGGAGAUGGUCGCCGCGGCGGGCCACCCGGAGAAAAGGUUGGGUGCUUCCGGCUGGGCCGACAUCACGGCGCGCCUCGGGACGCGGCGGUCGCCGUCGGCCGUCGAGCGACACUGGCAGAAUAUGACCGAGAUCCCGGGCCAGGACCGCCGGCGCCGGGGCGGCGACGACGACGAGUGGGUCGAGGACGCGGCCAAGCCCAAGAAGCGCCGCGGCGGCGACGCGCGGCAGCGCCAGGAGGAGGCCGACGCCGCGCUCGCGCGGCGCCUCCAGGCCGAGGAGGAGGACGAGGAGGAGGGGCCCGCGCCAGUCCAGCGCGUGUGGCGACGCUGGACGCCCGCCGAGGAGCGGCACCUGCGCGACCUCGUCGGCCAGCUCGGGGAUGAUUUCGAAGGUAUUUCGGAGAGCCUCGGCACGGAACGGAGCGCGUGGGCCGUCGAGCAGCACUGGAACCUUAUGAAUCGCGACGACUGGGCGCCGCCGCCGCCGCCGCCGCCGAUGCCGCCGCGCCAGGUGACGGCGCCGCCGGCCCACCGUUUGCUCACGUUGACGCAGGCCGCCGACGUCGUGUCGCCGUCGCCGAUGGCGCCCGAUUCGAGCGACAAGCCGCCGCGACGCCUCGCCCUCCCCACCCAGCUACCUCCGCGCUGGGCCGCCAUCAUCGCCUCACAUGGCGAGGACGCGGACACGUCGUGGGUCGACGCGAUGCGCGAGGAGCUGUCCUGUCCCAUCUGCUUGGACGCCGUCGAGCGGGCGGUCCAGGUGCCCUGCGGCCACGUCUUCUGCUCCGAUUGUUUAGCUAUAAACCAGUCGCUCGGCGAGUCGCGGCACGACUGUCCCUCGUGUCGGACGCCGUUCCGGAGCCGCGGCGUGACGGUCGCGGACGUCGCGCGGGACACGAUGAGGAUGCUCCAGCGGCUCGUGCCCGGCGCUGCCGCGGCGCCGGCGCCGGCGCCGACGUCGCCGACGUCGCCGACGAGCUACUCGGACGACGCCGAGGACUUCGAGGACGACGACAUCGACGACGACGGCGACGUCCCCGACGACGGCGACGAAAUCCCCGACGACGGCGACGAGGACGUCAUGGAAGACGACGACGGCACCGCGUAA